AUGGUUCAAGGAUACUCGGGCAACACAAGAUAUAACGGGGGCUUAGAUGUUGCUCGUAAAUUGGUAAAGUCCGAUGGGAUCCGGGGAUUGUAUAAAGGUUUUGGGUUAUCUGUUAUAACCUACUCUCCAUCUAGUGCUGUAUGGUGGGCAAGUUAUGGUGCAAGUCAACGCAUCACCUGGAGGUUCUUAGGCCAAAACUCAGCUUCGGAGAGCUUUGCUCCUAGCCAUACCCAACUUAUUUCAGUGCAAGCUGGGGGUGGAAUAAUUGCAGGAGCAACAGCUUCCUUCAUUACAACACCAUUGGACACCAUAAAGACUCGCUUACAGGUGAUGGGCGAUAAAGGGAAGACAGCAAGACAAAUUGUUGAAAGCUUAAUCGCUGAGGAUGGAUGGAAAGGUUUCUACAGGGGGCUGGGUCCUCGGUUCUUCAGCAUGUCAGCCUGGGGAACCUCCAUGAUAUUGGCUUACGAGUACUUGAAGCGCCUGUGUGCAAAUGAUGAACAGAGUUGAGCCCGUCAAAGAUGGCCAACAUUUUUUACCCCUCACAACAAGGCCAGGCUGAAUUGCAGAGGGGAAUGAAUAGCUCCUAAUUUUUUUAGACAUAUGUUUUGUCAUCACAGUAAACUCUGCUCAAAUACACAAUGUAAGCUUAGUAUUCUCGCAUUUGUAUUUUGACUAACAAAUGUUAUUCUUCGUUAAUCUUUUUU